CACUUCCUUCCCUUUACCAAACCCAAACAUUUGUACCCAUAUCUUCGUGUUACUGCCUCACCGCUUUCCAUGACGACUCUCCUCACUUUCCCGCAUUUUCCUUCCAAUUUUCCUACACUUUCCCGCUUCCCUAACAACCGUUUCUCUCCACCUCGCCGUCUCUGUUCAACCGCAACUGACACUGCCAUUGUAUGGUUCAAACACGAUCUCCGAACUGACGAUCACCCUGGACUCCUCACUGCUGCUUCCAAUUUUCAAUCGUUAGUUCCAAUUUAUGUAUUCGAUCACCGCAUUCUUUCGAGGUUUUCCGAUGAAAUGCUGGAACUCGUUGUGUUCGCUGUUCGAGAUUUGAGGAAGUCGUUGAAAGGUCGUGGUUCUAAUCUCAUGAUUAAGUUUGGUAAUGCUGAGAAUGUGAUACACCAGCUUGCAACUCAGGUCAAAGCUACUUGUGUAUUUGCGGAACAAGAGGUGGAGUAUGAGCUCUGUGUUAUCAUGGAUGUUGUCAACCAUCGUUUGAAAUCGAUCAAGGUUCCACAAGGCACUCCAAGGAUUGAAAUGUGGAAGACUCCCUUUUAUGAUGAAAAUGUGCUGCAAAAUCUGGCUGCAUCAUAUGAUGACUUUGAGAAACUACGGCUCCAUGUGACUACACCACUUCAGCUUUCAACAUUACCUGGUGCAGAAAUGGAACUAGAUUGGGGUGAUAUUCCUGUGUAUGAUGAUAUAAUGGGAUUUAUGGCUAAGAACCGACAUAAAUCAAGAGAUGACUGGAAUUUGAUCAAGGAGACAUCAGCUGAAACCUUGUUAGGCAGAAAAAGGCUGAAAUCUAGUGAGAACAACGCGAGAAGUUAUAGCUUCAGACAGAUUCAGUCAAGUGAACCAAAUGAGUCUGUGUUUGUUACACAAAAAGGAAAUGUUGUUGGAGGUGGAACAUAUAAUGUACUAAAUGCAUUGGCUGCAUAUUUGAGGUAUUUGGAGGGAACAGCUCGUGAUGAUUGGCAAGAGGUACACGAAAAACUUCGUGCUUCAGAAAGUCGAAAUGGAGCAUCAUUUAUUGCACUAUUUGGUCCUGCGCUAUCUUUGGGAAUUAUAUCUAGAAGAAGAGUACACUAUGAAGCUAUCAAAUAUGAGAAAGAACGAAAUGCAGGGUUCUUAUCUCCCUUUGGAUAUUCAGCUGCCACCAUUGCAGCAGCAGUUGAGGCUGUGUGUUCGAAGGAGUGGUAUUGGCUUUUGGCUUUGAGAAAUCAGAUAAAUAAUGAUGGAAAACAGUCAACACGGGUAUGGAGCUGGAAUGGUUUUCUUGUUCAGUAUACAAUUGCUGGUGAAGAUGGUCCUGCUGUUCUUCUUGUGCAUGGUUUUGGUGCAUUUGGGGAGCAUUACCGUGACAACAUACACGGUUUGGCUAGAGCUGGAAAUCGAGUCUGGGCUAUUACAUUGUUGGGAUUUGGCAAAUCAGAAAAGCCAAACAUUGUAUAUACUGAGCUCUUGUGGGCUGAGCUUUUGAGAGACUUCAUUAUUGAUGUUGUGCGGGACCCGGUCCACCUUGUUGGCAACUCAAUUGGUGGUUAUAUUGUUGCUAUUGUUGCUCGAGUUUGGAGUGUUCUGAUCAAAUCCAUUGUCUUGAUAAACAGUGCUGGGAAUGUUAUCUCGAGAAAUUCAUCAAUACCAUUGUCUAAGCCAAGUGAUAGACAAACGUCAGUGGCUUCAUGGUUGGGCUCUCGAAUUCUUCUGUUUUACUUGAGGCUAAGAAUUCAAGACAUUGUUAGGAAAUGUUAUCCAACUAAGAUCGAAAGGGCAGAUGAUUGGCUCAUAAAUGAAAUGCUAAGAGCUUCUUAUGAUCCUGGUGUGCCUGUGGUCCUGGAAAGCAUCUUUAGCUUUAAUCUUUCCAUAUCUCUUAACUAUCUUCUUGAAGAUGUCAAGGGAAAGAUUCUAAUUAUACAGGGAAUGAAAGAUCCAAUUUCUGACUCCAAUGCCACAGUGGCUAUGCUUAAAGAGAAUUGUGAUGGUGUUAUAAUUAAGGAAUUAGAUGCUGGCCAUUGUCCCCAUGAUGAAGUGCCAGAAUCAGUGAAUACUAUCCUUUGUGAUUGGAUACAAAGGGUUGAGACUUGAGAGUAACAUUUUAGCAGGGUUCCAAGUAUAACUUUUUUUUGACGUCCGGCAACUGUACAUAAUGAUUAUAGCAGCAGGGUAAAUUAUCCAGACUCCACUACUAUGCCUUCUUUACAGUUUGUUGAUAAAUGGAUGCUGCACUAAUCCUCAACUAAACUGAAAACUAGACAUGGUACCUGGGCUUGUCCAUACUGUGCUAUAAAAUUGUAGAAUUAGCCUUCCAGUACUUUAAAAAAUAUUCUAUUGGCUUGUGCCUCAACUUUUCUUCA